AUGGAUUAUCUCCCGAAAAAGAAACGAACUCAUUCCAAUGCAACACUGCACCCGCCAUUCAUUCCUGACGAAAUCAUAGCUGAAAUUUUGUGCUUGCUUAGUGUGAAAACUAUCCUGCAACUGAGAUGUGUGAGCAACGCAUGGAAAAUCAUCAUAUCCGAUCCAACUUUUGUCCAAAAACACUUGAAGAAUUCAUCAAAAAAUCCACACCUCCUCUUCACAUCACCAAUGCCGAGAUACCCUUUGAGUAGUGUCCAAUCGUUUCCCGUGGUUCGUUUACUCGAGACAGAUAACUCGAUCAUUGUUUCUAAGGACAAUUUCCAUAGAUGGAUGGACAAUUGUCAGGUGAUUGGUACCUGCAAGGGAUUAGUCUGUUUGUUUUUCGGUUAUGACUAUCAGAAGUACUGGUUUCGUUUAUGGAACCCUGCCACAAGGACACUCUCCGAAAAACUAGGGUUUUCUCAAGACUAUGUCUAUGACACUGUAUAUGAAACUUUCAAGUUCACUUUUGGUUGUGAUAUUUCAACUGGAACUUACAAGAUAGUGGCCUUAAGUAGGGUUUUGGUUUGGGAAGAGAACACGCUUUCAACGAGAAACGAGUUCAGAGUUUUGAGUUUGGGUGAUAAUUGUUGGAGAAGUUUUCAGUGUUACACUUGGAUACCUAUCUGCUUGAUAUAUACUCUAACUAAAUUGAUUAAUAAUGGUGUUCAUUUGAAUGGUACUGUUAACUGGUUGGCUCUUCCCAACUACGUCAAACCAUCUUGUAAUUAUGAUAGAAAGUCUAUUGCUAAAGCUCAACAGUUUGUUAUUAUUUCUCUCGAUCUUUCAAGCGAGACAUGCACACAGAUUCUGCUGCCUCCGGGUUUUGAUGAGAUCCCAUGCUUUCAGCCCACUCUUACUGUUUUAAUAGACUGCCUUUGCUUUACACAUGAUUUGAAGGGAAUUGAAUUUGUUAUAUGGCAGAUGAAGGAUUUUGGAGUUCAAGGGUCUUGGACUAUGUUAUUUAAAAUUAACUACUUUGAUAUUCAAAUGCACAAUCCUCGUAGUCUUGAUAUUAAUAAAUCAUGUAGUAAAAUUGGUACUCCUUUGUUGCCGUUGUAUGUUUCUAAGAAUGGAGAUACAUUGAUAUUGGCAAAUUCUGAAGAUGACCGAGCAGUUAUCUAUAAUGAAAGAGAAAAAAGAGUAAAGAGAAUUAGAAUGGAAAACAAAUUGUGUUGGUUUUCUUCCAUGGACUAUGUGGAAUGUUUGGUUUCACCUUGUUUGAAGUAA